CUUUGGCUCCCUGGCUCGGGUGGCGUGCGAGAGGCUGCGGCGGCUGACCAAUGGCGGCGACCACGCGCGGUAUCCGGAGCCUGCAGGGCAUGGUUGGCAUCGUGACAGGUGGUGCCUCAGGCCUGGGCUUGGCCACCGUCAGGAGACUGGUUCAGCAAGGGGCCCGGGCUGUCAUCGUGGAUUUGCCCCACUCAUCCGGGGAGGCGCUGGCAAGGGAGCUGGGGGCUCCCUGCACCUUUGCCCCCACUGAUGUCACCUCUGAAACCCAAGUACAGGCCGCUCUGACCUUGGCCAUGGAGAAAUUUGGCCGAGUGGACAUUGCCGUCAAUUGUGCAGGCGUGGCAGUAGCCUGCAAGACAUUCAACUUCAAGAAGGGUGAAGCCCAUUCCCUGGAGGCCUUCCAGAAGGUGAUCCAAGUCAAUCUAAUCGGCACCUUCAACGUGAUCCGCCUGGCCGCUGGGGAGAUGGGGAAGAAUGUCCCAGAUGAGGGAGGUCACCGGGGCAUCAUCAUCAACACAGCCAGUGUGGCUGCCUUCGAGGGCCAGGUUGGCCAGAUUGCAUAUUCGGCAUCUAAGGGGGCCAUCGUGGGGAUGACCCUGCCUGCAGCCCGGGACCUGGCCCCCGUGGGGAUCCGCGUGGUCACCAUCGCUCCGGGCCUGUUUGAGACCCCACUCCUGUUGGGACUUCCUGAAAAGGUCCGCUCCUUCCUCGCCCGUCAAGUGCCUUUCCCUAGCCGCCUGGGAGAUCCAGCAGAAUAUGCCCACCUCGUGCAGGCCGUGGUGGAAAACCCCUUGAUCAACGGAGAGGUGAUCCGUCUGGACGGAGGUAUCCGCAUGCAACCCUGACGCUGGAGGCUUUGGAUGGCGGCCCUGGCCUCCCUCUGGCAGCGGGGGCACCAUUCCCUCCCUCGGCCUUUGGUUUCUUAACUUACCUUCAGUGCCUAAUAAAGAGCAUUUCCGUAGGGCA